GGGGGCGGGGGACCCCAGAAAGCGCGCGCGGGCGCGCAGGACUCGGCGGGACAGCUACAGCGGGGUCCUCGCGCGCGUCCCACGUGGGGUCUCGCGGCGCCUCGCUCCGGGUUUCGCGAGAUCCGGAGGCGCCUCUCUGUCGACAUGGCAGCAGUCAGCGGAGUGCUUCCUCAGGUCCCCGAGCCCCGGGCCGCGGUCUUCAGGACCUUCUCCAAACCCCGCCCGGCCCACGCGAGGCGGCAAGCAGCGGCCACCAAAAGAAAAUGCCAGGCGUCCAGCGAGGCUCCCCCAGCGAAACGGAGGAGCAAAGCCUCUUUUCUCCCGGCCAAGAAAACUGCCGCUAAAGAAACUCGCAGGACCCUGAAGGGGAAGUCACAGAGGACGUUUUCUCCCAAGAAGCCCUCAGCCGGCGCGAGGGAUGGAGACCAGGAGCGGAAGCCGGGCGCCAAGACUUCAUCACUGUUCAAAAACAACCCUGAGAUCCCGGAACUCCCCAGACCUGUAGUAAAGCAGGUGCAAGAAAAGGUGUUUACUUCAGAUGCUUUUCAAGCCCUGGACCUCCACCCACAUCUCAUUUCCACAAUAAAUACAGUCUUAAAAAUGUCUAGUAUGACCAGUGUUCAGAAGCAGAGCAUCCCCGUGUUGCUGGAAGGCAGAGAUGCCCUCGUGCGAUCCCAGACGGGCUCAGGUAAAACUCUUGCCUAUUGCAUCCCUGUGGUCCAGUCUCUUCAAGCAAUGCAAUCCAAAAUACAGCGUGGUGAUGGCCCCUACGCUCUGAUACUAGUGCCAACAAGAGAGCUGGCUCUGCAAAGCUUUGAUACUGUCCAGAAACUGCUUAAGCCGUUUGCCUGGAUUGUGCCUGGAGUGUUAAUGGGAGGAGAGAAGAGAAAAUCAGAAAAGGCCAGGCUCCGAAAAGGAAUAAAUAUCCUUAUCUCCACUCCUGGGCGCCUUGUGGAUCAUAUAAAAUCCACCAAGAACAUCCAUUUCCGUCAGAUCCGUUGGCUGAUUCUGGAUGAAGCAGACAGAAUCUUGGAUUUGGGUUUUGAAAAGGACCUCACGGUGAUCCUCAACGCUGUGAAUGCCGAGUGCCAGGAACGACAGAAUGUCUUGCUGUCGGCGACGCUCACGGAAGGUGUAGCACGGCUAGCUGACAUCAGUUUACACGACCCUGUCAGCAUCUCUGUCCUGGAUGAAAGCCAUGAUGUGUCUAGCCCGGAGAGCGAAGCCUUUCUCGAAGCUUCUCCUCCACAGGCGACUGAUGAGCUGGACGGCUUCGCCAUCCCAGCCGGUCUCGAGCAGCAUGUGGUGGUGGUCCCCAGCAAGCUGAGACUCGUCUGCCUGGCGGCCUUCAUUCUGCAGAAGUGCAAGUUUGAGAGAGACCAGAAGGUGAUCGUCUUCUUCUCAAGUUGCGAGCUGGUGGAGUUCCACUACACCCUCUUCCUCCAGACCCUGCUGAGCGGCUCUGGGGCCCUGGCCCCAGAGCAUUUGCCAUCCACCUCCACGCCGUUAAAAUUUCUGCGGCUGCACAGCGCCCUGGAGCAAGAGGAAAGAACAGCAGUGUUUCAAGAUUUCACGCAUUCCAAAACAGGCAUUCUUUUUUGCACGGAUAUUGCAGCUCGGGGCUUGGAUCUCCCUCAAGUCACAUGGAUUGUCCAGUACAACGCUCCGUCUUCACCUGCCGAAUACAUCCACCGGAUUGGGAGAACGGCCCGGAUUGGCUGCCAUGGGAGCAGCCUGCUCGUCUUGGCUCCUUCGGAGGCAGAAUAUGUCAACUCGUUGGCUUCUCACAAAAUCAACGUUUCUGAGGUGAAGAUGGAAGACAUUUUGUCUGUUCUGACAAAGGAUGAUUGUUUUAAGGGGAGACGAGGGGGAGGCCAGAAGUCCCGCGCUGCUGGCCCCCAGGAAAUCCGGGAACGAGCCACAGUCUUGCAGACGCUGUUUGAAGAUUACGUGCACUCCAGUGAGGAGACGGUCUCCGGGGCCAAGAAAGCCCUGCAGUCCUUCAUCCGGGCCUAUGCCACCUACCCCCGGGAGCUGAAGCAUAUCUUCCACAUCCGACUGCUCCACCUCGGGCACAUGGCUAAGAGCUUUGGGCUAAGAGAUGCCCCUAAAAAUCUUUGCGCCUCGGCCAUGAAGAAGAAGAAAGCAAACCUGAAAAGAUCAGUGUGACCCCAGCAGUUCACUGUCGCGGCUGAGGUGCCUCCUCUGCCGGGGUGUGCCGGCCUCGCCCCAGGAGCACAGGGCGGGGGGCCUGUGGGGGGGGCUCGGCGCUGGCAUUGUCCUCACCUUGCGAAGCCACCAGGGAGCGCGCCAGCCGCCGCCUCCCGCCCCCGCUGACCUGCGCUGGCAGAUGGGCACCAGGACGAGUGUCCCCCUGUGAGCAGGGGAUUUAACAGGGCUUUAUUUAGGGAAGAAUGGGCUGAUUAGCCGAUAAAGAGCAUGUAGGAUGGUAUGGGGCAGCCUUUGAUGUCUGGCUGGCGCGGCAGGGAGCCAGGCACUGAGUGGCAGCAGUGUUUCACAGGAUUACUCCGCCCGGGACAAUGACGCGCCUCUUCCUGCCAUGUCACCGCCCUGUCACAGCCGCUUGCCCGUUGUUAUGCCUGUCUUUUGAAGGCAUUUCUUCCCUCACUCCUUGCACCCUCCCGCCCCAGCCCUGCCUCACCAAGGCAGACGGGCCCUCAAGGAUACAGUAAGGUACUUUUUCUUAUUGGGGGGGAAUCUUGUUGCUCCUGGAGGAAGAAUGGCUGGGCAGCUAAUCUGCUCAUGGACCGUGUCAUCGUGGCCAGGGAGGCGGCAGAGAGACCUGACAAAUUCUCCACACCUCAGGCAGCGCUCGAGCCAGUGCCAGUUGCUGCUCUUUGAGGACGGGAAAGAAAAGUCCAUUGAAGCCCGCACGAGUGUGGAGGCGUUAUGCCACAGCCACGAUAAUCGUUCCGAGCUGAGGCGUCUCCUCUGAAAUCCAUCUGUCGGGAAAGAGAACAGCUUCCCUGGGUUUUGUGUGGGUGGAUGAAAUAAUAGUGCUGAAUUCCCCAAACUGUUCUGCGGUCCAUUUUAUGGUGUUUACUUCCUCGAAUAAUUAUGUCAGGCGUAAACCUCUGAUAAUCUGCAAACCAAAUUUCUGAGACCGUAAGCAUAAUCCCAACUCACCUGCCAUCUCCACCCAGAGUUCACCCAGGUGUUAGCUGGUGAGGCCAGGGCAGGGCACGCGAGGCGAUGACCAGGCAUUUCCGUGCAGUGACAAGGGGACUUCUGUCUCCUUACAUGCCGUUAUUUCAGAAAAAGGAAAGACUGAGCUACCUUCCCCAAAUGAGACCUUCCUCAGCAGGCGUGUCUCUGCCUCCCCCUUCAGUCCUCCAUUCUGAAAGGGGACAGUCAGUGCCUCCCCCUGCGCACAGAACUCUCGUGACGCCGACACGCAGGCCUGUGAGACAGCCCCACCCGACACCUGCUCACACACGAGCCGGUGCCGCUGGCAAAGGCUGAGUGCCCCUUAGCAACAUCCAGCACAAACAGCGUUUUCUUCUCGUGAAACGUGGUUGUUAUUUUAAAGCCACGUAUAUUCAGCAAUUCCUGAAAGGAAACAUACCUUCCAAAAUCUCCAUCUUCCCAGAAGACAGCACUGUCCGCCCUGGGAGGGCAGAGUCGUGUUGUUCACCAGGGUGUUUGUCUGCCUCUCUAGGCAGUCACGCGUGUGAGUAGAACCUAUCCAGCACCAGUGAGCAGACAGUUCCCUCAUCUGUUUGAUACUCUGAACAGUGGUUCAGGCACGUGGAAACUCUGAGCCUCAAGGAAGGGCAUACUGUUACAGUGGCAGUGUGGGAGGGCGCGUCUCCUGGUCUUAAGCCACCCUGUCUCAUUUGGAUUAUAUGCUAUACUUGUAAAUUUACCAAGACUUUUUCCCAGUCUGGUUUGUAGCUACCUGAGACUGGCCCCACCCCUGGCUUCUACCAUCUGGGUCUUUCCGAUGUUGCUGUUAAUGCAUAGAUGCAUCUUUCAAUAAAUUUUCUCACACCA